AUGACUACAACAAUAUCUGUCGGUGAAGAACUUAAGGAUUACUAUACAAACACGGACAAAUGGGUACAAAAUGGAAUCAGCUUUGUUCUGGAGAUGGAAUCGUUCUAUCGUGAACGAGCGCAGAUUGAAUUGGAAUAUCUGACCAAACUAAAGGAGUUAUGUAAACGGCAUUAUGAAGCUAAAAGCAAAUAUAGCGCUAAGGUAAGUGUUGGAGAUGAACCUGCGAUUACUCCUGGUUCAUUGGAAUCAGCAUCUAUGGUGCUUUGGGGUCAAGUUUUAACUCAAACUGAAGCUAUUAGUGAUGAAAAGGCAUCAUUUGCAAAGGAAUUGGGGACUAAAAUCAUUGAAAAUUUGUCUGUAUUGAAAUCAAGAUGUACUGGUGUUAGAGUCAGUAUUGAACAAAUCAAUGAGCUUUUAACCAAUGAAAAAAAGGAAAUGGAAGAGGAAAUCAAUAAGGCGAAGAAGAAUUAUGAUAGUUUAUGUCAAUCAACUGAAUCAAGUAGACAAAAAGUUGAGAGAUCUUCAUCAAAUGAUAAAUAUCAACGGAAGUUGGAGGAAAAACAAGUGGAAAUGAAUAAUGGAAAAAAUCAUUAUUUGAUUAAAAUUAGUGUGGCAAAUAGUCUUAAGGAUAAAUAUUAUUUCCAAGAUGUUCCCGAGAUCUUAGAUUAUUUACAAGAACUAAAUCAAGAUAGAGUUAUUCUUGUUAACAAAUUAUUGAAAAAUGCACUGAUAAUUGAGAGGAAUAGUAGUGAUAAAGUGAAGGACAAAUUACAUCAAAUUGAUGAAGUUAUACUUCAAAAUGAAAAACAUAAAGAUACAAUGAUGUUUAUUGAGCAUAAUAAAUUACCAUGGCAAGAACCAAGUGAUUUUUAUUUUAUUCCUAGUUCAAUUUGGCAUGAUGAUGAUUCUUUAAUUACCAAGGAACCAGAAUUAACGGAAUUGAAAAAACGGUUAAAUGCUGCAUCCAUUGAUUAUAAAUUAAAGGAAGAAUCAUGUCUCGAAUUAAAGCAACAAUUAGAAAAGGAAACAGUCGAAAGACAUCAAGAACAAGAAUCUUUAACACUUAAAUUUGAUCAGAAAUUUCUUUCCUCCUUAGCAAUAUUAAAGAAAUAUUUGAAAGAAGAUACUGAAAGAGUUAAGAAUGAAGCUAAGAUUAGAAUUAUUCAAAAUUAUGCUGGUGAUAAGGAUUUAUCUUAUUAUGAAGAAACAAAACAAAAGAAGUCUAGGUUUGGUUUAUUCCAUUCAAGAAGUGUUAAAUCAUCAAGUAAUGGAACGGGUGGUGAUUCUACAUCUAUUCAUACUGUUGCUACUGCUAAUCCUGAACAACAUUCUGGGAUAUUCCAAUUACGUCGUGGUAGAACCCAAUCGAAUGCUUCUUCAACUGUAUCUAACCAAGCAGCUGCCCAUGCAUUAUAUGAUUACGCGGCAGCUGGUGAAGAUGAAUUAAGUAUAUCUAAAGGCAUGUCAUUAUUGAUAAUUAAUCCUGACAGUAAUGGCUGGACAAUGGUUCAAAACACUGAAGAUGGAACUAGUGGAUUUGUUCCAACUUCAUAUAUUGAAAAGGUUAUGACGGUUCCAAUUACUAGUAAUGAUACUGGAGGUAGUUUAAAGAAAAAGGGACCUAUGGUUGCUCCUAAACGUGGGGGGAAAAGAGUACAAUAUGUGGAAGCCAUCUAUGAUUAUACUGAAGAUGGAGAUGAUGAAAUUAGUAUAUCAAAAGGUGAUCGAAUAAUUUUAAUCACCGAAGAUUUGGAUAAUAGUGGAUGGACUGAAGGUGAAUUAGAUGGUAGAAGAGGUAUGUUCCCCACAACUUAUAUCAAAAAGAUAUAG